AUGAAUGCUGCCAUGUACAAGUCUCAGAGCAUGCAGUUCCCUUCAUCACCAUACUUCGCGUACAACACGAGCCCAGCCAUGAGUCCCAUGCAAGGCAACUUUUCAGACCUGGGCCGUGUAGACGAGAACAGCCAACACUACUUCCAGAAUGCUCAUUCGGUCCAUGAAAUGAGUGGUGCAUUCGAUGGUCGUAGAAUGUCUCAGCCCGACUUGCGGAUGAGACCACAUACUCCCGCAGAUCAACUUCAAAUUGGAUUCCCGCUGACUCCUCCAUGCACUGCGACUGUCAAUCAACAACCGAUGCAUUUCCCACGACCUCAACAGGCCACUCCGCCCAUUCAUUCGCCCGUCCCUGUCUCAAUGCAGCGAGGUCGUUCCCUUCAGGGCAUUGCUGAGCACGAAGAAUCACCACGGAAGCAACAAGCCUCGCCACGGCGCAUGAUUCAGCAGUCUAUGCUCCCGACACCCGCAAAGAGCCAGGCCUUUGAUGUUGCCGAUAUGCCAAGUCCCUCACCGCAACGUGAGACAAGCAACACCGAUCCCAUGGGUUUCUUUGGCGAUCCCACCGGCUCCCCUCCAGCCUCAGUCAGCAACCUCAAAACUCGGCCAGCUCCGAUUCUUACCUCAACACAUAAUCGAUCCAACAGUCAUUCGCCAAAUCGACCUGCUCUGUCGCCGCGUCGUGCUUCGAUCUCGGAUCUUCAUCUCGAGCCUGGUAUUCAAGCUUCCAUCGAGGAGACCAAUGUUACACUCGACGACAUCGCUCAGUACAUCGAAGGCCCUGACCCGAUCGACAACAAGUGGAUCUGUAAGUUUGAUGACUGCGACAAGCGCUUCGGUAGGAAGGAGAACAUCAAGUCUCAUGUGCAGACUCACCUAGCGAUCGCCAGUUCCGAUGUGAUCACUGUCGGAAGUGCUUCGUCCGUGGCCACGACUUGA